ACUGCAUCCUAAUUGGCGAGCCAAGUGUUGGAUGUGGCCCACUUAGGCAGGUGGUGAUUCUUCAAAGAUAACAUAAUCCACAACCAGAUUACCUCUCGUUAGGGUUGUGGCUCGAACCUGGUUUUGCUUUUUGGCCUCUAAAGAAAUCAUCUGGCUGGCGUCUGGGUCUCAGCUGCGGGCUAACCCGGCCCUGUGUCGGUGGCAGGUCCCGGUUCAUAGGCCUCCUUUCUCUUGGGGAAAGGCGCAGGCGCCACAUGCUUUAUCAGUAACUUCCUGGCGACCAGCCCCAGCUUAGCGCCAAGCGUCCUGCAGGGUUGGUGGGAGGGCCAAAGUGAGCGGUUUAAAGCCCAGAUCAAGCAGGGGCUCUUAGGAGCUACCCCUUUGUUCCUUCCGGAAUGGUGCAUAGGACUGAGCCCCCCGAUGGGGGCUGGGGAUGGAUGGUGGUGCUCUCAGCGUUCUUCCAGUCGGCGCUCGUGUUUGGGGUGCUCCGUUCCUUUGGUGUCUUCUUCGUGGAAUUUGUGGCGGCGUUUGAGGAGCAGGCAGCCAGAGUCUCCUGGAUCGCUUCCAUAGGGAUCGCGGUGCAGCAGUUUGGGAGCCCAAUAGGCAGUGCCCUGAGCACGAAGUUGGGGCCCAGGCCUGUGGUGAUGACUGGGGGCAUCUUGGCUGCGCUGGGGAUGCUGCUUGCCUCAUUUGCUACCUCCUUGACCCACCUAUACCUGAGUAUUGGGCUGCUGUCAGGCUCUGGCUGGGCCCUGACCUUCACUCCGACCCUGGCCUGCCUUUCCCGUUACUUCUCUCAGCGACGAUCUCUGGCCAUGGGGCUGGCCCUGACUGGAGUGGGCAUCUCCUCUUUUGCGUUCGCCCCCCUCUUCCAGUGGCUGCUCAACAACUACGCUUGGAGGGGAGCACUCCUGUUAGUGUCUGCCCUCUCCCUACACCUGGUGGCCUGUGGUGCUCUCCUCCGCCCACUCUCCCUGACUGAAGACACUGCUGUGGGUGGCCCUUGGGCCCAGAUCACCUCCCUCCUCUGUCAUGGUCCCUUCCUCCGAUACACUGUUGCCCUCACCCUGAUCAACACUGGCUACUUCAUUCCCUACGUCCAUCUGGUGGCUCAUCUGCAGGACCUGGGUUGGGACCCCCUGCCUGCUGCCUUCCUGCUUUCAGUGGCUGCUAUUUCUGACCUUGUGGGGCGUGUGGCAUCUGGUUGGCUGGGAGAUGCAGUCCCAGGACCUGUGGCAAGACUUUUGAUGCUUUGGACCACCCUGACUGGGGUGUCACUAGCUCUGUUCCCUGUUGCCCAGGCUUCCACAACCCUGGUGGUUCUGGCUGUGGCCUAUGGCUUCACCUCGGGAGCCCUGACCCCAGUGGCCUUCUCCGUAAUUCCUGAGUUGGUGGGGACUGGAAGGAUUUACUGUGGCCUGGGACUCGUGCAGAUGAUAGAGAGUGUCGGGGGGCUACUGGGGGCUCCUCUAUCAGGCUACCUCCGGGAUGUGACAGGCAACUACACGGCUUCUUUUGUGGUAGCUGGGGCCUUCCUACUUGCAGGAAGUGGAGUUCUUAUCACCCUGCCCCAUUUCUUCUCCUGCAUCUCACUUUCUACCUCCAGACCCCAGGACCUUGUGAUAGAGGCACCAGAUACUAAAAUUCCCCUGCCCAAGGAGGAGGGGCUGGGAGAGAACUAAACUCCACCGAAGGCAGUGGCCAUGGAAACCAGAGCUUGACAGUGCCAGCUCUUUGGCUUCAUCAAGGCAUCCACAGAAGCACAGUGCCUUAGGAUUCUUGAUCCAUCUCCUCCAGAGCAGGCCCAGGGUUCCUCCCAUUUAUGUGCCAACCAUAUGUAUUUUGUUGAGGACUCACCUGUCAUCUCCUUUGCUCUCCUCAGCUUUGCUGAGGGCUCCAGGAGAUCUCAUUCCACUGAGUCCUGAAUCAAAGCUGAAAGUCAAAGGCCAGGAGUCUCCUCAUGUUUUUGUGAUUUCUGCUGUUCCUUGUACAUAAAACAAAUAAGGAAACUGGACAACAAUUGUAACCUCAUAAGGAGCUGGAGAUCAAGGUGCUUGGGGGCAGCUAAUAGGGCUGUGAGCUGAGCAAAGGAAUGGAGAUGUCCGUGAACUCUGGUGACCAGAAUUCUUCCCUCCCUCUUCUCCACCAUUCCUGUUGGGGGGGGGGGGGAUUUAAGAGAAAGGCAUUUGUAAUGAAGAAGGCGGCUUGGGAGCAGAGACUGGAACUGAUAAAGCUAAUGCGUGAUGACCUGAGAGCCCUGUACUUUUGAGACAGAGCCUCACCGUGUAGCCCAGGCCGCUCUUGAACUUGAGACCUGGCCUCCUCCUAAGCACUAGGACCACAGGUACACACAACCAUACCCAGGUGGAUUUUUGUUCCUCCUAGGCUCACAAAGGCGGAUCAAAACGCAAGGAAAAAAAAAAAAAAGUAACAAGGUUUGGGAGCUAGAAGGAAAGCUCAGCAGUUAGAGCACUUCCUGCUCUUCCAGUGUGCCAGAGCGCCCACACUAAGUGGUUCACAACCACCUAUAAUCCAGAGGAUCCAGCCUCCUCCUCUGGUAUCCAUGAGUGUGCACGCGCACACACACACACACACACACACACACACACACACACACACACGCACACACUGAAUAAAAAUCUUUUUGAAGGUAGGUCUUUAGAGAGGGCUCAGCAGCUAAGAGCACUUCCUGUUCUUCCUGCUGACCUGUUUGGCUCCUGGUACCUACGCCCAGCAGUUCACAACUACCUGUAAGUCCAGCUCCAAGAGAUCUGUCCUCCACAAACACACAUAAAUAAAAGUAAUUUUUAGAAGUUAAAAGUAUGAGGUUUAGGUAUGCCCCUAAGAAACCGGAACUGACUAGCCAACGGUUCCUCAAAGACCCUCUUAAGGCAAGGAUUGGAGAAAUACAAACUGGACAGACAUUCCUCAUCGCCAGCGCCGCUGGGACCCUGUCGCUUUCAGCAGCUAGUGUUUCGAGGUAUCUUAAGUAGAGAUUCUUGGGGUCCUGGAUUGGCUAAUGGAGCUCUCAAAAGGGUAAGAUAAAAAUUCUUUAUUAAGGGAGUCAACCAAGAAAAUGAUCAACAAGUGGUAUCCCGGAUGGAGCUGCUGCCCCCCGUGGAGAGCAGGGAGACUUGUGGGACUGGGAGCAGUUCCCCUCUCUCAGGCGGAGGGGUAGCGGGAGGUGAGGCUGGGCGGCAGGAGGGGAGGGCUCUGGGCAGCCCCAUGUAGAUGAAGCUGCCAGAGAGGAUGAAAGAACUGCACACCAGGAAAGAGGCACUGAAGUCUCCUGUCUUAUCCCUUAGGAAGCCUGAGAAGAGGGGUAAAGACAUUUAGAAGCCUGGCAUCCCAGGAACAGAAGACAGUCUUGGGCGAAUCUGCGGGCUCAGCCCUUACCUGACAGAGGAGGGCCCAGGAGUCCCCCGAGGCUCAUCAGCAUCAUCACCAACCCUGUGGCCUGCACCACACCUCCAAUGCCUACCAGCCCAGGGAGCACACCGAAAACCAGUGGGGCGUAACUCCCGGCACUCAGGCCAUAGGCCCCAGCAGCGGCUAGCAGAGGAGCUCCCCAACCCUCCUCCGUCCCCACAGUGGGCACUAGUCCCACUGCCAGUACCCCUAAUCCAGUCAGAGACCCAAACACCACCAGAAGCCUCGGAAGGGGCACCCAGCCCUGGUCUGCCAGCCAUCCGCUGACCAAUCGGGCACUUGCAUCUCCAACUGCAGCGACAGCCACCACCAACGCUGCCCCGUAUCCACCCAUGCCCUGAUCUAAAGCGUGCGGACCCAAGUGCACAUAAGGGACGAAGUAUCCGCCCCCAAUCAAGGCGGUGCCCAAAGCAAAGACUGAAAAGGCCGGGCGCCUGAACAGACCUAGGCCAAGGGCAGCUAGGGGGGUGCGAGGUGGGGCCAGCGGGUCACCAGAGAGAGCUAAAGGCCGUAGCAAGGCGCCACAGGGUGUGAGGUGAAGGGUGACAGCGCCAAGGAGGAGCAAGGCACCCCGCCAGCCGAAAGUAUCAAGGAGGAACUGCAAGGCAGGUGCCAGGAGCAGCGAGGAUGCCCCAUUACCGAGAUCUGCAGGUUGGAGCGUAUAUCAACCGGUAGCCACAAGAUGGCAGUGUUUCCUAAUUGAUGGGAAAGUAUCUGCCUAGAAAGGGAAGAAACAGCUCAGAAGUCUGAAACUGGAGUGCGUAAGACAGCCUUUCAUCAGCACACCCCACCAUUCAAGGCGAGUCAGGUUACCUCCCUGUCCCACACUCCCACCCCAGGGAAUCAACUUCCUCCCUCCUCAGCAAGUCUACCCUUUUCUCAGUUCUAGGUUUUAGCGUAAAUGGUUUUUCUGCUGAGAUGUCCUACAACAGAAGACCAUGAAGGUUUGAGGCCCUGCCACAUACACCUUAGGAAAGUGGACUUACUGGUUCACCAGCCAGGAGCUGUCUGUGAAAGCCACCGCGGUGGUGGCACCUGCAGGCGCCCACUGCAGACUCAAACCUGAUCCAGCAAACGCAAGGUCAAGGAAACACAUGGAUCCCGUGAGUCUUUGUAGAAUCACGUGGGUUAUAAAGCAUGGAUUUUUUUUUUGUUUUUUUUUUUUUGUUGUUUUUUUUGGGUUUUUUUUUUUUUUUUUGGUUCUUUUUUUUCGGAGCUGGGGACCGAACCCAGGGCCUUGCGCUUCCUAGGCAAGCACUCUACCACUGAGCUAAAUCCCCAACCCCUGUUUUUAAGAAAAUUAAAUGGAAAGUGUGAUUCCUUUUCUCUUUGGGGGUUGGGAAGCAUGGGGCUCAUAUGCCCAGGCUGACCCCAAGUUCACUGUGUAGCUAAGGAUGGCUUUGAGCUUAUGCUGCCUCCCAGGUGCUGGGACUCGAGGUAAUCAAUCCCCUUAUAUCAGUACGUUCGUAAUUUCACAUCUGGCCUUUUCUCCUUCCAAGCUAAGUGUAUGACCAUGUGUAUUGUCAGAAGUUCUGCUACUGUGAAGAUUUCCCUUUACCCGUGCCUUUUAAGGUCCCCUAGUCCCAGACAGUGACUGGAAUGCUGCAGCUGUCCAUUUGUGGCUGGUGCCUGCACAGCAGGCAGAACAUCUGUAAACAAGGGCCCAGUCUUCUCUUCCUUAGUCAGCAAACCAUAAGGCACACCACCCCAUGAAGCUGUAGGUGUGUAUGUGCUCAGGGACAGAAAGCAUUGUAAACAGAGUAGGAACCAGAGGCAUUUGACCAACUUCUUCAUGCCACUUGCUUGUGCCAUCAGGACCUGCUGGGGCCCAAACACAUCCAUUUCAUUUCUGUUCCAUAAUGGAUUGCAGCUGUGCACGUCCAGCUUUAUGGUGUGGUGGGUCAAAAAACACCCAGCUCAUGAUGGAUAGCUCUUGUCACAUGGUGACCCAGUUAGUCCAUCAUCAAAUGUCAAAUGUUUUGUUUCCGCUAAGGCCCAGUAGCCUUAUGGCCCAAUGGCUGUCUGCAGAUGGUGGAGAGCUAUGCCUCCCCUGUGACUCACCUACAGGAGUUUGCCAGAGGCUCCAAAUGGCAUCCCCAUCUGCCACUGACACCCCAAGUACCAUCAAGUCUGCUGGAUUUCGUGGUCCAAGUGGUAGAGCAGCCUGGACCUGCUGAAGAGCCUUCUCCUGUUCCAGGCCCCACAUAAAGCUAGCAGCGUUCUGAGUCACUCAGUAUAGGGGCUGGCAUAGCACACCCAAGUGAGGAAUGUGCUGUCUCCAGGAUCCAAAUUGACCCACUGAACAUUAUGCUUCUCUCUUGGUAGUAGAAGAGGCCAAAUUUAAAAAAAAAAAAAAAACCUUAUCCUUCACCUUAGAGGGAAUAUCUCUGCGUGCCCCACACCACUGGACUACUGAAGAUUUUACUGAGGUAGAAGACCCUUGAAUUUUGGUUGGAUUUAUUUCCCAUCCUCUGAUUAGUGUGUGUGUUACCAAAGAGUUCAAGUGGUUGCGACUUCCUGCUAACUUUGUUCAAUCAUCGUAAUGUUGUCAAUGGAGUGGACUGGAGUGACAGUUUAUGGAAGAAAAACAUGUGAUCAAGCUCACUUCAAAUUAAGUUACGAUACAUGGCUGGAGAGCCACCUUACCUUGAGGUGUAAGGUGCUCUUGUCAGGUGAAAGUGACUUGUCUCUGGUGGCCCUCGUGUGCAUGUGCUAAGAAGGAAGUGUCUCCUAGGCCAACCACUGCAUACCAGUGCUAGGAGAUGUGUCAGUAUGCUCAAAGGAGGACACCAUAUCUAACAGCAAUUAUAAUUGGAGUCACUAUUUGAUUAGGUUUGUGACAGUCAACUCCUGUUCUCCUUCACCCUUUUGUCUUCUGCACAAAAUAGAAGAGUUAAAGAGAGUUUGAUAAGAGCCACUACCUCUGCGUCUUUCAUGUCCUUGAUGGUGGCACUAAUGUCUGUCAUGCCUUCAGGGGUGCCAUUGAUUUUAGCUUGUUUUUGCAGUGCUGGGGGUGAAGCCGGAGACCCAUGCAUUUAAAGCAAGCACUUUACCAACUGAUCUUCAUCUCCAACCUACAGGAUUUCCAUUACAUAUACAUAUGUAUAAAUACAUACAUUUAUUCUGUUCCUGCAGACACCCCUCUUUGAUCCAGAGACUUUUGCCUUUAUCAUUUUGCUGGCUUUGUUAUUCUUGUGUUGCCACGCGUGUGAGAACAUGCUGACUGGCUUCUCUUGACUCUGAAACCGAAAGAGGACUCAAAAUACGUUUUAUUCAUUUUUUUAUACAAGAUGUUUAUAAAGUGGUAGUAUACACCUAUAAUCCGAGCACUUGGGUGGCCAGGACAGAGGGAUCACAGGUUCAAGGCCAGCCUGAGCUACAUGAAUAGUUCCAGGUCAGCUGUACUGCUGUGGAACAGUGCCCUUCAGGGAUGACAUGGCCACUGCCAUCUUAACACCAAAGCAGCUGUGACUACCUGGGUGAGGUGUGCACUAACAUUUCCUCACGGAAGUGGGGUGGAGACACACGGGGAAAUCACCUGGAGGCACACAGGUGGUCUAUGUGGUACUCAUAAGCCUCAUAACUUCCUGAAGAUAUGCAAACGUUGAGUCAUUGCUAUAGAGAAAGAUUCCUUACUGGUUUAGAUGUCAAUAAGUCGCCCUGCUACCCCUUCAGGAUUUGGUUGGUUUUCACGGGGCAGAGGACGAAGCCCAAGUUUUCUUAAAUUCUUCCUCAGCCAUGCUUCUGUAAGUAACAGAAUUAAACUCAUUGACUCACCAA